AUGCCACUCUCCCUCCUCCGGACAUCCGCCCUCCUCCUCACCCUCUCCCGCCUCCCCCUCGGCUUCACCCAAGACACAUCUUCCUCCAAGGACCAAGAACCCAAAGAAGACGGCUACAUAGGCUACCGCCUCACCCACCGCGGCGACCCCGAAUCCGCCAUCUACGAAACCGCCAACACUUCCGAUGAAGACCUCAUCCUGCCCGAGGACCCAGACGUCUACCUCAACGCCUCGGUGUCUGUCGGCCUGAUCGACAUUGAAGUGGACAACAUCACGGCCAAGGUCAAUCUGGACGCCAAGGUUUUGAGUCUGCUGCACUUUAGCGCGGGCGUGGAUGCGAGCAUUGAUCGCGUCAAGUUGCGGAUUGAGAACGUCUCUGCCAAGGUGGAGUUGGAGGCCAGACUGGAGAAUGUGGUGGCUAUGGUUGAUGAUGUUUUGCGGAGUAUUGAUCUGAAUCCGAUUAUUGCUACGCUUGGGGAAGGCGUGGGGAAGGUUCUGGAUGGGGUGGGGGAUGUUGUUGGUGGUGGUGGUGGUGAGAGUGGUGAUGCAGCGGGUAAAGCUGGAAAUAACCUGCCGGUGAGGGACGACCCGCUUGGUGCACGUGGUGCCAGUGGUGAUGAACAUGAUAUGGCCAAACGCAGCCACGCUACUGGCCAUGGUCAUGGGUCAGGAGCGGACAACGAUCCCUUCAACUACAACCUUGAACACAAUAUUCUCUACAGCGUCAACAAUUAUCAGGGAAACAGACAUCGCAAUCGCCGGUUGGAUCAGAAUGGCGAUAUCUUUGAUGAGUACCUCGACAAUGACGGGAACGAACAGUCGAGACAGGUGGUUGGGUAUUAUAAGGAUGACAUGACGUUUAAUGGACACAACAGGAGCAUUGAGGUGGAUGGAAAGGUGAAGGAAUUUGAGCUGCAGUAUGAGUAUAAGCCGUUCCCGGGCAUUGAGGCGAUGUGCUGGAUUUAUGUGGAUACGGAGGGGAAGGUGGUUAGGACGAAGGUCAUUUUCGGAGGCGCAGGGCGGAGGGACAAGUACGGUUAG